AUGUCAGAUGCCUAUCUUGAUUAUAUUAAAGAAAUAAGUAUAGAAAUAGCUGAUUUCAAUCCAAUUGGUCCUACUGUCCAUAUACCUUUACCUAAAACUUUGCCCAAACAAGCUUUACAUCCAGUUAAAAUUUAUCUAGAAAGAAAUCCACAUCGGCUAUAUAGAGGUUUCGUGGAGAAACUUAAUAUGGAAGAUAUCCCAAUUCUAGUGUCAGUUUCUACACAAGUUUAUAAAAAGUUUGAAGAAAAUAACCCUGAAAUCAGUUUAUGUAUCUAUGAAUGGCACAAUCAGAAUGAAUUUCUAGAAUUUCGUUAUAUUUCAGAAAGAAGAAGAGAUGAAUAUAAGCAACCAUCUCCAGAAAUAUUGCAACAAUUUGAGGAGGCAAAGCAUGGAUUGCUAGAACUCAAAGAAUGGAAAGCAUGUAUAGAAAAAAACUACACAAAAAAGAAAAAAAUACAGAAAGGAUACCAAGAAACUUUAAGUGCUCUUAACUACAAAGUAAAAGAUCAUGACUAUAUAAGUGGUAAGUAUCGAGGUCCAGCUUAUAACACUUGCAACAAAAAAUUACGAAUAGGCUCUUUUGAAACUAAAGUGCCUCUUAUUUGUUAUGAUUUCUAUAGAUAUGACUCUCAUCCACUCAUAAAAGUUGUGAGCAAGUUUACAGCUAAUAAGCUCAAAUGCAUCCCAGAGAAUAUCGGCAAAUAUAAGGCCAUAGAUGUAGGACAGCUUCGAUUCUUAGAUAGUUUUCAACACAUGGUAAUGGGACUUGAUAAAUUAGUUGAGUGUCUAAGUGGAAAGCUUGAAAAAUUUCCCUUAACUAUCAAACAUUUUAUUAAAAAAGAUAUACAAAGUAUUGCACCUGAUGCAGAAAUAGGCUAUAUGUCUGAAGUAGACUUAGAAGUUCUGGCGCACUUACAUGAUUUAUUUGCAGAUUACCCUCUAGUGUCAGAAAAGCAAAUAAUAUCUGAAAACUGGCUUAGCCCAUAUAAUGAAAGAUUAGUACAUGACAAAGAAAUCAACACUACUAUUGCUAAAGAAAUCAUCAAGAUUAGAGCUGAAAUUAAUAAUGAUCUUACUGCAAAAAUAAAUUUCCGUGAUGCUAAUUAUGCAAUAGAAGCACAGAAUAUCAUUACUAUAAUUAAUGAUACGUAUAAGAAAUAUAACGAAAUCAAACAUGUUCUAGAAACCUACUAUAAUAAUUUUAAUCAAAUU